AUGAAUGUCAGAAAUCUAAAAUUUGUUACUAGCAAUCAAAACAAACUUAAAGAACUUAGAGCUUUGUUGGGAAGCAAUUUCAAUGUAGAACAUAUCGGACUUGACCUGCCCGAAUUUCAAGGAGAACCAGACGAAAUUGUUGCCAAAAAAUGUGAACACGCAGUUAAACAGAUUGAAGGGCCCGUACUUGUGGAGGAUACUUGUUUGUGUUUUAAUGCUUUUGGAGGGUUACCCGGACCUUAUAUUAAAUGGUUUCUGGAAAAAUUGAAGCCGGAAGGAUUGAUAAAGUUGUUAGCUGGAUUUGAAGACAAAUCGGGCUAUGCACUCUGCACUUUUGCAUAUUGUAAAGGCAGGACAGAAGGAAUAAUAGUCGAGCCUAGAGGAAGUCGUCAAUUUGGUUGGGAUCCUUGUUUUAUGCCAAACGGUUUUGGAAAAACAUUUGCAGAAAUGACAUCAGAAGAAAAAAACAAAAUAUCUCAUAGAGGAAAAGCUUUGGAAAAAUUGAAAGAAUUUUUGGAAAAUGAGAAAAUUUGA